AUGACACUAGAUUAUUAUAGUGAUGUUUUGAGGUCUCUCCAAGAUGAACAAGAGAAUAAUGAGCUAUCUUUCAUAAAACUAGGCGAGCCUGUGUCAAUAACCUCCGAAACCGCCGGAGAAAGAAGAUCCGAUAUCUCUUCGGAUAUCUUUAAUAAUUUGACCUUGGCAAGCCUUGAAGCAGAUCUAGAGCACUACAAAGAACUCUUUUCUAAACUUAGAUUUUCCUACGUCGAGCAAGUUACAAAAGAAAAAUUUAUACGUGCUAUUGUAGGUGAUCCACCGUUAGUAGUUGAACAUACAGAAAAUAUACAACUAGAAGAAUCUGUCUCGAAGGCAAAGAGCGAAUUAAAUUUGAAAAAAGCCAAAGUAGCCGAAUUGAUUAAGGAGAUAGAGAAGAAGAUAAAAGAACUAUGUGGAAAAUAUGAUCAAAUUCAAACACAAACCACUCAUCUCCAUGAACUUCCACAAAAAAUUGAAUCGUUACAAGCAAGAAUCAAUAGUCUGAGAGAAUCACAGCCUAUUGACUCGAACCCCUUCCUGGCCAUGCCCCUUGAACAGACACUUUAUCUCCUCGAAACAAAAGAAAAAGAACGAGUCGACCUAGAUCGACAGUUAGAACAACUUCAGGCUGUGACGGCAAGGAAAAAUAAAGAGUUAGAGAGAGUACACAAUGAAUUACGAACUUUAGAAGUAAAAAAACUUCACAGUAUUAAUGCAGCAAGCGAGGCUAGGAAGAGAAAAGAAGAGUCUACAAGUGAUAUAAGAGACGAUCUUGAAGAAAAAGGCAGGUGGUUAAGGGCUAUCGAGACUGGAUUGAAAGGUAUUCUCGGUAUCGAGAGUUAG